CCCUCUUAUCUCCCUCUUUCAGCCACCAGUAACGGAUUUCUGAACGAGGGCACCUGUUGAUCUCGUCUGUGUUACUUUCUUCUCGAACCACAACUGAGCAAGUGAUGAAAACCCUAGGGACUUCUUUUUCCAAGGUCAUCGUCAACAAUUACGGAGACAGAGGCUUUUCUCCUUCCAGAGAAGUUUCCCUUAACAGACCCGAUACCUGUUUUCUGCCAUCAAACAAGCCUGUCAAUGUCCUUAGGUUCUUCCAUUUGGCUUCUGUAAAACACCGAAUUCCUGAGCCGCUUCGUUUAUCUUCUUCGCUGUCACCUGACCCCCAGGUAAAUCUAGGCAAUGAGGAGGAACCUCACAUUCAAGAGAGUAAUCAGUCAAAUACAGUUCAUGUCAAAAUUCAGUUACAGAAAGAGUGCUGCUUUGGCCAGCAUUUCUUCGUAGUAGGUGAUCAUCCUACGUUUGGCCAAUGGGACCCAACAAAAGCAAUACCAUUAAACUGGUCAGAUGGCCAUUUUUGGACUGCCGAGCUGGAUAUGUCCAUUGGAAAAGUAAUCCAAUUCAAGUUCAUACUGAAAGGAGUUGAUGGUGAAAUCUUGUGGCAACCAGGACCAGAUCGGGUUUUACAAACUUGGGAAACUACAAAUACAAUCAUGGUUUAUGAAGAUUGGGAAAAUGCUGAGUGUCAAAAAGUACUCGAGGAGGAAUCAUUAACUAAAGGAGAUGAAGAGCCUAUCAUUGGUUCAGAAUUGUUGGUUUCUGCAGAGAACAUGAUGUGUCCAACAGAUGAAUUUGUACCUAAUUUGAACAAGGAACCAUUGCCUUCUAUCCAUGAGGAACAAACUGUUGCUAAGAAUAUUGCUCCUUCAGAGAAGCCUCUGACUAUUGUAGCAGAGAAUAUCAAUUAUUCACGGGAGGAUCUUGUGGCAAAUUCAAGUAAUAAGGUGACCAAAGUAAGGAGCACUGAUUACGUCAAGAAGUCUCAAGCUGUUUCAAGGAGCAAUGAUUACGUCAAGAAGUCUCAAGCUGUUUCAAACAAGACUUUAGCGAUCAAAGAUAUUAAUGUGAUCAAUGGCAGAACUCAAGCAGGCAACAAUGUGAUUAAUGAGGACAUUGAACAAAAUCUAAUCACCAAUUAUGAAGUCCCUGUUCUGGUACCCGGCUUGACUCCAUUACCUGAAGUGGAAGCAGAAGAAGCAAGCAGAGGUGAACCAGAGAAAUGUAUCACUGUUAAUGCAUCUGAUGGAAUCAAUGAAGCUAAGAGUAACAGUUCGUCUAAGUUAGACAAGAAACAAGAAACCGAUGAUGCUGCACACCAAGAAGAAAUAUCUGAAAUGCUCACUGAUAAUGAGGCAAAGCUCAAAAAUGAAGUAAAAACAAAGCAUCAAUUUGCCACAGAAGCAAAGCAGCCUGACUCAGAGCCAUUAGAAGGUAGUGUCUUUCAAAGUGAUAUGCAGUGGGGUCGGAGGACACUGCACAAGCUGUUUAACUACUUUUGGUCUGCUGUAACACUAAAUAAACAGAACAGGUAGAGGAUUAUAUUGGUUGGGUAGGUUGUAUGUAUAUAAUAUGAAUUUUGUUGUCUCAAAUGUUUUUAGAUCCACUAUAGUGGUGCUGCGAGGUUGAUAAUUCUUUUAAAGGCAUAAUGCAUAUGCCAUGAGAUAUAUUGGCUAAUUAGGAUAUGGAGUGCUGAAUUAGGAUACUCAUGUCGUCUGUUAACUACACAUUGAGAGAAGGAUAAAAUCCAAGGAUUGUUUUUCAUCUCAAUAUUAUGGAGGAGCUGGAUUUGGUUG